AUGGCUUCUAAUCCUCCUUCAAACUGUUGUGCCCAAGGUUUCAAACACACAGGCACGUCUACCGGGAAAUUUGUCCAGCUUGAUGGAAUUAAUUACUACGUGACUGGUGAUGAAUCUUUUGCUUCUUCCAAGUUGCAUAUCUUGUUGACCGAUAUUUUAGGUAAUACCUUCAUCAAUAACCAACUUUUAGCUGAUCAGUUUGCACAAACUGGCUAUUUUGUAGUUGUUCCUGAUCUUUUCAACAAUGACGCAGUGCCAUUAAACCCGCCAACUGAAAAUAGAUCUAAUUUCUUAAAUGACUGGCGCCCCAAACAUACCCCAGAAAUCACUCAACCCAUUGUUGAUACAAUUGUCAAGUCAAUCCUUUCAAAAUGGGCCCCGAAAUGGAUUGUUGCUACUGGAUACUGCUAUGGAGCAAAGUAUGCAGUCAGAUUGUUGGGGACUGGGUCAAUUAAUUCUGCAGCCAUUUUCCACCCAUCUUUUAUAACAAUUGAUGAAAUCAAAGCUAUUAAUGUUGAAAAAACAACAUUGUACAUUGGUGCGGCAGAAGUGGACCCUGUAUUUCAAGCCACCCUCAGACAUGAAACUGAAGACGUCUUGCAAAAGAUUGGCGCAAAGUACCGACUUACCUUAAAUCAUGGGGUGUCCCACGGCUUUGCAGUCCGCGGCGAUAUUAGUGACCCUUGGAUCAAGUAUGCCAAAGAGCGGGUUUUCGCUGAUGCAGUCGACUGGUUUAAAAUUUCUCAUCAAAUUUAUUUAUCAUCAAAGUCAUAA